AUGAGGCUCCCAAGGCUAUCACCAAACGGCUCGCUUCUUUCGUUCACAAUAUUGCUCCUGCUCAUCUCACACAUCGCCGCCCAAGGCUUACCGAAAUUACCAAGCAGCGAUGACGAUAGUGAUUCCUCCACCACGGACAGUGCCGCGGCGCCAACAAGUGAUUCAAAAGAGACGGACUCCGCUUCGGCUACAGCUUCGGCGACUGACAAGACACAAAGCAAGACAUCAGAUAUGCCCGGCUUAAGCGGUCUCCCUAAAUUGAAGGGCGAUGACUAUCCACCCCCGUCAGUCCCUCCAACAGCAGAUGCCCCCUUCAUGCAAAAAUCGAAUCUGCCAGAAGGCACGGUGUUUAUAUGCGUGGGCGCAGCGCUGGGAUUUAUUGGUUUCAUGCUUUUAGCUUGGAGAGGGUUCUUGGCUUGGUCCGUUCAUCGAUCCGUGAGGCGAGCAGCAAUGGCCCAGGUAGCAAAACAUGACGGCAAAGAUCCAUUACGAGGUCUCAAGACUAAGGGACCCUACGUAAGUACGGGACCUGGCUCGACACUAUCGUUGGAUCAGCUGGCAGGUGGGAAAGGUGGGGACAAGGUCAAUUCUACCCGCAACAGUCUCUUCUUUUCUCCCACCGCGGGUGCCGGAAUGCAAUCGCCUGCCAAUAGAGGUUCUGGAUACCUACCGUCAGGCUACUAUGCGGCUGGCAAUGCUGCACCAGCAAAUGGCGCAAGCUUGGCGCACAUAGGAGCUGGAGUGCCCAUGUCAAAUCUGGGCAAUCAGAACCGACGCUAUUCAAGGGCAUCGUUGAGAGCCAACUCAGCACACAAGGCUUGGUCGGACAAGCAAGUAACAACAGCUUGA